CCAUUUCUGACCAAUGUUAGUUUUGCUGAACAUUCAGCUAACUUGAAUACUAUCUUUGUACUGGUCUUUCUGGUCAUCUACAGCAUUGACCAUCUCUAUAUCAUUUGCAUUUAGACUUUCUUUAAAACUUGACCGGUGGCUUGGUAUGUAAUUUUCCAUGGAUUAGUGGGAGCUUUAUGAAAAUUUACUUGAAGAUUAUAUUCCGAAUGCUGAUGAACGAGUAGAGAGAAAUUACAGCCGAGAACCUAAGAGACUCGGUGAGGAAACUAUCAUGGAUUAGUGGGAGUUUUUACAAAAAUUGACUUGAAGAUUCCAAAUACUGAUGAACUUAGUAGAGAGAAAUUACAGCCGAGAACCUAAGAGACUCGAUGAGGAAAAUAUGCCAGCAACGAAAGCAUGCACACAUUGAUGACACCAUGUGAGGCUUGUGCCUGUCUUCCACGUAGGUUGAUCAGUGCAAGGCUUUCCUAAAUUUAUGUUCAACUUUCUAUCAUUAAUUUAUUUUUGUGAAGCUGUAAAGAUCAAGUUCCUUUUGUUUUGAUUGGAGGUGCAGACUGAAAGAGUGAAAGGUAAUUACUUACAAAUGGUGUUGUCUGAUAAAAUUGCAGGACAUAUAUACAAGUGCUACUCUUUGCAUCAUAAUAUUUUAGUUAACAUGCCAGUGCAGCUGUGGCAGCAAGUGGAUGUGCUUCCUACAAUAUUCAUCUCAGUUUCAAGACCAGAAUAACACACCAGAAACCCAAGUGACAAUUCAGGGCUACGGUGGUGGAUGGUCAAAUGCCCAUGCCACCUUCUAUGGAGGUGGUGAUGCUUCUGGUACAAUGGGAGGCGCUUGUGGGUAUGGGAAUCUUUAUAGUGAAGGUUACGGCACAAACACAGCUGCAUUAAGCACUGCUUUAUUCAACAAUGGGAAGGCCUGUGGAGCAUGCUUUGAAAUCAAAUGCGUAAACGACGCAAACUGGUGCCUCCAAGGAUCCAUAAUUGUCACAGCAACUAACUUCUGCCCUCCAAACAAUGCUCUUCCUAACAAUGCCGGUGGGUGGUGCAACCCUCCCCUGCAACAUUUUGACCUUUCUCAGCCUGUUUUCCAACACAUCGCUCACUUCAAAGCCGGAAUAGUCCCUGUUCAAUACAGAAGGGUGGCUUGUAGGAGAGCUGGUGGAAUCAGAUUCACAAUAAAUGGGCACUCAUACUUCAACCUUGUCCUUAUAACCAAUGUUGGUGGUUCUGGUGAUGUUGUGGCAGUCUCCAUCAAAGGCUCUAGGACUGGUUGGCAAGUGAUGUCCAGAAAUUGGGGCCAAAACUGGCAAAGCAACUCUUACCUGAAUGGCCAGGCCCUCUCUUUUAAGGUUGCAACAAGCGAUGGCCGGACUGUCAUCUCCAACAAUGUUGCUACUCCCAACUGGGUUUUUGGCCAAACCUUCACUGGUGGACAAUUCUGAAGUCAGCCUCGAAUAUUUUACUAAUCUGAACUUUUUCAAUUUUUUACCGAACAGUCCUGAUAUUGUAGUUGCAGAAUGACAAUGGAGUCACUAGUCACAACCACACAAAGGGUUCCGUUUUUAAAUAUGACCCAAUGUGCUUAGUUCUGUUUGUGAUGUGUGGACAUCAAUGUAUCUUUUUUAAGUGGAAUAUAUUUUAAAUAUUGUGUUACUUUUAUGGAGUGGGUAAUAAUAU